AUGGGGAGCGUCAGCGAGCUGUGCGCUUCCAGUUUUCAGGCAUUUUUGUGCCCGACGGUGCCAGCUCUGGAGCCUAAUGCUGCUCCUCCUACUACAGUGCCCGAUGACCUCAGCCCAGAGGAGAGACAGGAGCUGGAGAGCAUCCGCCGCAGAAAGCAGGAGCUACUGCUGGACAUACAAAGGCUGAAGAAUGAGAUAGCAGAAGUCACCAGUGAGAUUGAUAACCUGGGCUUGACUGAAGAAAGGAAAAGCAUGCAGAGGAACAAACAAAUGGCCAUGGGCCGGAAGAAAUUCAACAUGGACCCCAAGAAGGGUAUCGAGUUUCUAAUCGACUGCUCGUUGCUGAAAAACACAAGCGACGACAUUGCGCGCUUCCUCUACAAGGGUGAAGGCCUGAACAAGACUGCCAUUGGCGAUUACCUGGGGGAGAGAGACGACUUCAACAUCGAGGUGCUGCACGACUUCCUACAGCUGCACGAGUUUUCGGACCUAAACCUGGUCCAGGCGCUGCGGCAGUUCCUGUGGAGCUUCCGACUACCCGGCGAGGCCCAGAAAAUCGACCGCAUGAUGGAGGCAUUUGCACAACGAUACUGCCGCUGCAAUCCCGGCGUGUUCCAGAGCACAGACACGUGUUAUGUGCUGUCCUUUGCUGUGAUCAUGUUGAACACUAGUUUGCACAACCCCAAUGUGAAGGACAAGCCCUCGGUUCAGAGAUUUACAGCCAUGAAUCGAGGCAUUAAUGAUGGCGGGGACCUGCCGGAUGAGCUGCUCCGGAACCUCUUUGAAAGCAUCAAAAACGAGCCUUUCAAAAUCCCCGAAGACGACGGCAACGACCUUACGCAUACUUUCUUCAAUCCUGACAGAGAAGGCUGGCUGCUCAAACUCGGAGGUGGAAGGGUAAAAACCUGGAAGAGGCGCUGGUUUAUCCUCACUGAUAACUGCCUUUAUUAUUUUGAGUUCACAACUGACAAAGAACCCAGAGGGAUCAUUCCCUUGGAAAAUCUGAGUAUCCGCGAAGUGGAUGACUCAAAGAAGCCGAACUGCUUCGAACUCUUCAUCCCAGACCACAGAGAUCAGGUGAUUAAGGCUUGUAAGACAGAGGCGGACGGCCGCGUGGUUGAGGGCAACCACACUUUUUACAGGAUUUCUGCCCCUACUGCUGAGGAGAAAGAUGAGUGGAUCAAUAGCAUCAAAGCCGCCAUAAGUAAAGACCCCUUCUACGAGAUGUUGGCCACUCGCAAAAAGAAGGUUUCCUCUUUGAAGGACGUGUAG